CUCCCAUGCUCGCAUUCUCCUCGGGGUCCUUCUAACCAUCGAGGCGUUUACCCGAAAGGUGAAAGCAACCAAAACGCAGUGAGCCAAAACAAUGGAGAUGAAAUCUAGUUAUCCCAAGUACAAUCAACUGCGCCCCCAAACACCCAGACUCCACUGCCAUUCUCAAGGCUCUCCUCCUGCACGCAUCCCUUUCUCUCUGGAUCCUCUUCUGCUACGCAUUAAUCCUUCGUCCUUUCAUCUCACUCUUCUUACUCUUGUCAUUACCAUUAUUACACUUCUUGGGCAAUGUGAAAACCAUCCAAUAAAGAGCAACCUUAGAUCUUCCCCAACUCCCUCCCUACCCUUUCUCCAUUAAAUCCAUCCCGGUCAUCCCUUAUAUAAAAAUAGUAGUAAUAAAAAGCCUUCUCUCACCUCUUGGGUUGCUUUGGAAGCCCAGCUCUCCAUUCCCCUCCUCUCCUUCUUUGGAACUGGUCUGCAACUCCAAAAUCUCUACUGCUCUUUUUGGUAGCUGGAACAGGGACUGAGGAAAGAGCCAUCUUUGGAUUCUUUUCCUUUGGCAUUCAAUUUUCUGGCCUGCCUGCUACCUUCUUUCUGGACUUCUUGGUGGUUAAAGCGGUGCAUCCCUCUAGUAAUUCUUGUAUUCGCUCCUCUUUAUUUUGUGAUCCAAAGUGCUGCUUUCUCUGGGAAUGUAGACCUUGCUUCUAUUACUGUUGAACCACUAGGCUUCAGGACAUGGCAGAGUUCAUCUGUGCUAAAGCUGCACUUUUCUCUACUUUCUGAUCAUAUGUCGGGAUCAUUUCCUUGUUGAGUUCUUAGAUAUCUUGUGGCAGAGAUUUAUCCCACUCCAAGCUCCCCUGUUUUGAAGCAGAAACCAGGAAGAAUCCAUCUUUUAUCUCGUUAGAUAACCCCUCCCUAGUUUCUAUGAGCGCUUCUUUCUACUUAAAUUUGCCAUGUCCAAGUUACCAAUGAGGAAGAGCACUAUAGUUCAGGCUCUUCUUCUCCUCCAACUCCUCACCUUCCAUGUUUUCUCGCAGCCAGAUGGCUCAACGGCCCCAAUGGAGAAGACAGAGCAAGAAGCUCUGUAUUUGGCGAUCCAAAGCCUCGUCGGCAAAUGGUGGAAUGGCUCAGAACUUUAUCCGGACCCUUGCGGCUGGACGCCGAUACAGGGAGUAUCAUGCGAUUUUUUCGAUGGCCUGUGGUAUGUAGCUGCCCUCGACAUCGGACCUGUACUGGAGAACUCCCUUGAAUGUACCCAGGAUGCAAAGUUUAGUCAAUUACUUUUCAAGCUCAAGCAUCUGAAGAGCCUAUCCUUCUUCAACUGCUUCUCUUCCCAUCGACCCACCACCAUCCCAUCCAGCAACUGGGAGAAGCUCGCCGGAAGCUUAGAAACCUUGGCAUUCCGAUCGAAUCGAGGCCUGAUCGGAGAAAUUCCAGCCAGCCUCGGUCAACUUACCAAUCUCCGGUCGCUAGUUCUAGUGGAGAACUCAUUGACAGGAAUGCUGCCUCGAGAACUCGGCAAUCUAGUCAACCUGCAGAGGCUGGUGCUCACAGGAAAUGGAUUCAACGGUCAAAUUCCAGUUUCUCUGGCAAACAAUCUCUCGGAGCUCUUAAUCUUGGACAUCAGCAGGAACACUCUGAGCGGUUCCCUGCCAUCAUCUUUUGGCAGCCUCACUUCACUGCUGACACUAGAUUUGAGCAACAAUAUCUUAGGAGGGAGUCUUCCAUCAGAGCUCGGAGAGCUGAGGAAUCUUACUCUCCUGGACCUCAGGAACAACAACUUGUCUGGUGGAUUGACUCAUUCUCUUCAAGGCAUGACCUCAAUCCAAGAUAUGCUUCUCUCCAACAACCCACUUGGCGGGAGUCUCAUGGAAUUUGGGUGGGAGAGUCUGAGGAAUCUCACAACCUUGGACCUCUCCAACACAAGUAUAACUGGGGUGAUUCCAGAUUCUAUUUCCAGCUUGAAGACGUUGAGAUUCCUUGCAUUAGACAACAACCACCUUUCCGGUGGUGUGUCCCCAAAGCUGGCAGCUUUGCCUUCUCUGCGUGCUCUCUAUCUCAGCGGCAACAAUUUCACAGGAGAGCUCGAGUUCUCCCAAGGGUUCUAUGAGAGGAUGAGGGGGAGAUUUGCGUCCUGGAACAAUCCAAAUCUCUGCUACGGUUCUGAGGUCACGAGCACAGGGCACGUCCCUUUUGGCGUGGAACGCUGCAAACACGAGCAAGAGAACUCUGCUUAUAACUCAGGUACACAAAACAAGGUAAACGGUGGAAGCUCGAAUCAGGACUCAAAUUUGCUGGCCUCCUUUGGGUUCUCAACUUCCAUGAACGGGCUCUGGUGGGCGAUUGCAGCCCGAGAGCUGGUGCUCGUGUUGCUUUUGAUUCUGCUACAGUAGGCACGUACCAACCAUACAUCUAUAUAGUCUUAUACCACAGCUUUUUAGGGACUUUUUGUGAUGAGAGUCGGAAGCAGGGGCAGUAUACCAGCUGAUGAACUUGCUCUUACUGCUUACCCGAUUGCAAAAUGUACUUAUAUUAUACAACUUAACUUUUGUUAUAUUAUUAUCAUAGAUGUUACUUUUGUUAUAUAUAGUUCUUUAUCUUCU